AUGGCGGUGCUGCUCCGCCCUGCGGCGAUCGCCGGUGGCCGGCAGGUGUGGCCCGUGGCGGAGGCGGAGGACGAGGCGGCGCGCGAGGCGGAGGCCGCGUCGCAGCGGCUGGUGGAGGCGGUGGCGCGCGGCGAUGCGAGGGAGGCCCGCGAGCUCCUCGCGGCGGGGCGCGCGGACGUGAACUAUGCCGGGGUGGUGUGGCUCCGGGCGCGGCGCGUCGCGGAGGCGGAGCCCCGGGAGGGCGCCGCCGCCGAGGCGCGGGCCGUGCACGAGGAGAUCCGCGCCGACGUCUCGCCGCUCUUCCUCGCCGCCGGCAACGGGGACGUCGCGCUCGUCCGCGCCCUGCUCGCGAAGGGGGCUGACGUGAACGGGAAGGUGUUCCGGGGCUACCCGGCGACGGCCGCGGCGCGGGAGGGGCGCGCGGAGGUGGCGGAGCUGCUGGUGCGCGCGGGCGCGUCGCAGCCGGCCUGCGAGGAGGCCGUCGUGGAGGCGGCGCUGCAGGGCCAGGCCGCCCUCGCGGCCAUCUUCAUGGGCUCCGACCUCGUCCGCCCGCGCGUCGCCGUCCACGCGCUCGUGUCCGCCGCGGCGCGCGGCUUCGUCGACGUGGUCGACACGCUCAUCAAGCGCGGAGCUGAUCCAAAUGCGACCGCCAGGGUGCUGCUGCGCUCGCUGAAACCAUCCCUGCACGCCAACGUCGACUGCACGGCGCUCUUCGCCUCAAUCGUGAGCCGCCAAGUCGCGGUGGUCCGCCAUCUACUCCAGGCCGGCGUCAAGAGGGACACGAAGGUGAGGCUGGGCGCGUGGUCCUGGGACACGUCCACCGGCGAGGAGCUGCGCGUGGGCGCCGGGCUCGCCGAGCCCUACGACGCCGUCUGGUGCGCCGUGGAGUACUACGAGUCCACGGGCUCCAUCCUGCGCUUGCUCCUCCAGAACGGGUACGCGUCGAGCACGGUGCACCUCGGCAGAACGCUCCUCCACCACGCCAUCCUCUGUGGCAGCACCGGCGCCGUCCAGACUUUGCUGGCGUCUGGUGCGGACUCCGAAGCUCCUGUGAAGACUUCAAGGAGCAGCAGGGCCAGGCCGGUUCACCUGGCAGCGCGGCUCGGCCAGCCGGAGAUCCUGCAGACGUUGGUCGACAAGGGCUGCGACGUGAACGUGAGAGCGGAGGCCGGCGACACCACCGCCAUCCUCUGUUCGCGCCACAAACGCGAGGACUGCCUGAGAGUCCUCGUGGCCGCCGGUGCUGACGUCGCGCUGUUGAACUCGGCCGGCGAGUCCGCGGCUUCCGUCGCUUCUUCCGGUGGAUGGAAGAGCGGCUUCGACCGUGCUGUUCUUGGCGCGAUUCGGUCCGGGACCAUCCCGCGUUCGAGCGACCGGAGCGUGUUCUCGCCACUCAUGUUCGCCGCGCGGUGCGGUGACGCGGCCACGAUUGAGGUGCUGCUCGCUCAGCCGGAGGUGGACGUGGACGAGCAGGACCCGGACGGGUGCUCGCCCAUAAUGGCUGCCGCCAAGGUGGGCAACGUCGAGGCCUUCCGCGCCCUCGUGUUCGCCGGCGCCAACGUGAAGCUGAGCAACAAGCGCGGGGAGACGGCCAUGGGGCUGGCGCAGCAGAGCAAGAAGAGGGACCUCUUUGAGCAGGUCAUGCUCGAGUUCGCGCUGGAGAAGGGCAUGCCGGGAGGCUUCUACGCGCUGCACUGCGCGUCCCGGCGCGGCGACACCGCGGCGGUGCGGCACCUGGUGAGCACGGGCUGCGACGUCAACGUCCCCGACGGCGACGGGUACACCCCGCUGAUGCUCGCGGCCAGGGAAGGCCACGCGGGCGUGUGCGAGUUCCUCAUCUCCUACGGCGCCCGCUGCGACCUCGAGACGCCCCGCGGCGAGACGGCGCUCUCCCUGGCGCGGGCGGCGCUGGCCACCGCGGCGUUCAACAAGGCCGAGGACGUGAUCAUGGACGAGCUGGGCCGGCAGGCGGUCCUCCAGGGCGUGCGCGUCCGGAAGCACACAAAGGGCGGGCGCGGGAAGCCCCACGGCAAGUCGCUGCGGAUGGUGGCCGCGGCGGGCGUGCUCCGGUGGGGCGGGUCGAGCCGGCGCAACGUGAUCUGCCGGGAGGCCGAGGUCGGCGGCAGCUCGGCGUUCCAGCGGCACCGGCAGAGGAAGGGCGACGCGUACGAGCCGGGGCUGUUCCGCGUGGUGACGGCGACGGGGAGGGAGGUGCACUUCGUGUGCGAGGGCGGCGAGGAGGCCGCGGAGCUGUGGGUGAGGGGCAUCAGGGCCGUGACCAGGGCGGCGUUCGGCAAGAGGGGCAAGGAGUGAGCGGGCGCGUGGCCUCGCGCUCUAUCCGUUAGGCUCUGUAGGUUUGCAGCGAGUGCGUGCGUGGAAAGAGUUGUAGCGGGCGUAGAGCCGUAGAGGGGCGUGUGGUGUGCAGCUGCGCUGGUCUUCAGCUCGAAGGCUUUUGGCUGCUUGGUGUGGCUUGCCAUGAUGGUUUUUGGUUCAGGUGCAUGGGGGCUGUGUUGCGUGUAUAUAGCUUGGUGUUAUCUUGGCUAAGUUGCUUUAGCUUAACUCGCUUGUAGUUGUUUCUAUCAGAACUACCUAUCAUCCUCUUUUGGAAAACUCGCCGUUUGAGCUGUUCCAACUUGAAAGUUAUACCUAAACAGCGUA